AUGGCUGCUCUUCUUCGGGGUCAGCCGGCACUUCGCCGAAUUAUUGCCUUUGUGGGGCGAUCUCAAGUAAAAGAAACUCACAACUGUCGUAGCAUUGUACAGAUAAAUCAUUGGAUAUUCAAGUCAACCUAUAAAAACACAAGAAACUAUGCCACAUAUUCUCAACAGAAACCAAAAUCAUUUGGUUUAGAUUGGAUGCAAAGACAGAGACCCACAUCGCCAAGGAAUAUAGAUGAUGCGCUGAACAUGAUUGACCGUGAGGUUCGCCGGGUAGGGCGCAUCAAGAAAGAUGUCGUUAUGGGGACGUAUGCAGCAGUGAAAGAGUCUGGUUCUGUAACAGGACACCAGAGUCUGCUUCUCUUGCGAUGCUUUGGUUCAGUGAUGGUUGAUGAAUCUCCUGCAGUUCGACUCCAGUUGGCUGAAACACUUUGGACUGGUUUGAAAGCUUUGGGUGCCAAAUAUGAUGUGACACACUAUAAUGCACUACUUCAAGUCUACCUUCAAAAUGACCACAAAUUUUCCCCAUCAGAAUUCCUGACAAUGGCUGAGAGUGCUGGGAUCAAACCUAAUAGGGUUACUUAUCAACGAAUGAUUGCUGGUUAUUGUCAAACAGGGGAUGUGCAAGGUGCAAGUCAAAUCCUUGAGCACAUGAAGACCUCAAAUCUUCCCAUAAAUGAGACUGUCUUUAACUCAUUGAUCAUGGGCCAUAUGCGGGCUGGUGAUGUGGAAAGUGCAACUGGGGUGUUCAAAAUUAUGAGGGACUCGGGCAUCCCCCCAUCUGGUGACACCUACUCCACCCUGAUGAUCGAACAUGCCAGAAAGGGUGACAUCGAGAGUAUUGAAAAGGUGUCAAGAGAGGCAGAGGAAUCUCAAGUGUUGUUCCAACCCAGCCACUACUUUGAUGUCCUUGAAUCACUUUGCGCUAACGGUUACAACCAGCAUGUGGAUAAAGUCAUCUCUUGGGUGCCCAAGUCCGGCUUGUUUGGGUAUAACCAGGAGUGUGUGAGCGCAGUGCUGCAGAUGGUGGCACGAGGUCAUGAUGACAUCGCGCAUAAGCUUUUCCUCUCGAUGCAACAUCCAACGCCAAUGGAAGGGACUGAGGUCACACUUGGGAGGUUCUUGAUCAAGGAAAUGGUCAAACAUGAAAUACCAUUAGAAAAUGUAGCUGGGAUCAUGAAGGACCUGACCUCGAGAGGGCUUAUCACAGAUCGCCUUGACUUCAUCGCACAGUGGGCGCUGGUCUAUGAGAAACCUGUCUAUGCACAAGAGGCUUUCAGUCUGAUGAACAGGGAGGGUCUUCCACUGCGCACCCACUACUUCUGGCCUGUCUUCAUUGCCUGUGGAAAGCAAAAGAAUGCACAGGGAAUUUAUGAUGCCGUAAAAAUGAUGGAAGAAAAAGUGAAUGAAUCACGCGAUUUCAUCUACACCCUACAUGAACAGGUCAUACCAAGUCUCGUGCAGACAGGAGAGGACUUUGAGACCAUUAAAGACAAACUCAUGGAACGAAACAUACUGGAGGGCGAUAUCAACUUUGCCAGCAUGAUUCACCUCAUGAAAGCUGGAAAGAAUAAAGAGGCUGUGACUUUGGUGAAAGAAAAGGAGAUUAGAUUUCAUCAUUCGGCCCUGUUGCAAUAUCUGUUUGCCUGGUUCAGAGCCACAAAGGAUACUGAGUCAAUCUUGGAGGUUCUUGCGUCUGCUCAGAAUGGUCCUGCCAUUACAAUGCGUAACACGAGGGUGACUGAUCUGGCCACUAAAUUCCUCUUUAAUUUCAUGGACAUGUUUAAGACUGACUCUCCUCGGGUUGAAAGUUUUGUCCAGUCUAUGGUCGAAAGGAAAUUGGGAGUUACUGACAGUGACGCCCUCAAACAGAGGUUGAUAGGAUUUGGAUUAUCAUUGGAUCUGAUUCAGGAAUUGACAUCAACUGAGGUAGCUGCAGAUCAACAAAGGCCAGAAAGCAGACAGUUUGAGCAGACAUCAUUUGGAACAAAAUCCAUCGACGAACUGGAGAAAAUCUUGGUUGAAAAUCGAGCAAACAAUUACAAUAUAAAGGGCCCGAUGAGAUGGUUGUUGGAGAAGUACUGUCAGGCAGGCAAUGCCUCGAAAGCUGAUGAAAUCAAAGCUGAACUUGAUGGAGUAGGUUUCAUCUACACCCCAGAUCUGAUACGGUCGAUGAUGCAUCUUGCUGCUUGGUAUAAAAAGGAUCUUGCAGAGACAAAAAAAUAUAUGGAAAUGCUGGAAAGUGAGCACCCAAACUUCAGAGCAUUCACUUCGGAGGUGGUCAAUUUGGCAGCUCUCCAUGCGCUUCAAGGCAAUACAGCAGGUGCCAUUGACACUCUCAAAGAAUACCAUGCAAAGCAUGCAUCGUACAUGGAAGAGAAGAACCUUGGUGACAGCUACUUGAAUGAAAUCCAAUGCAUCAACCUAAUCAAGAACUGCCAGGCUGCAGGGCUGAUGGAAGGUCCUGUGGAAAUCAUGAAUACACUCUUUGAGUUAGGAUACAUCAAGAAAGGCUGCUACAAGCUGCUGAGUGCUUACGUUGAAGGCUAUGUAGAGAAAGGUGACAUCGAUGGUGCUUUAGAGGCCAUCUCAUACUGCCACAAACAGUACAGACGAGUGCCAAUGUUUGACAGUCUCUUCAGAAUUUUGAUAGAGAGAGAAGACCCAGAGAAGCUACAGCAAGUAAUGGAUAUGGCCAGUGCCAACCUGGGUGAGAUGCAAGCUCUGCACCAGUUGAUGUACUGUUGUGUCGAGUGUGGAAAGGAUGCCCAAGCAAAAAGGAUUCUUGAGACUCCAGGUAUGCGGGCAAUGAUGGAUCUGUUGGAGCUGUUUGGCAAUCAGCUGAUCACCAAGAAAAAGAUAAAGGAGCUAGAAAGUUUGGUGGAAGUAACGCGAGGAUUGUUUGGCCUAGACAGAGAACAGAUGCUCUUCCUGCUCAUGAAGGGUUACUGUCAUGAGGAGAAGCUUGAUAAGGCUUUGAAUGUGUUGACUGUGAUGGAGGAGGAAAACAUCAACCCGAGAGGCCGAACACUGCGGUACCUCGGCAACUCAUUGAAGACUGCCAAUAUGGAAGUGCCAUUUGUUAUACCAGAUAUUCCGAUGCCGAUACCUAAGCAGGGCACUGUUGAACAGGUGAACAGAUCCAGUGAACAAGUGGGACCAGCCUCUUCUCUCUCCCCUGAAGAACUUCAAGUCAUCAAGAAAGCUGCCUCAGGAAAUGUGACCACAAUCAAAGAAAUCAAAGAAAGUGUUGGUGGUACCUUGAGCCUCAGUUUCCUCACUGAGAUGGCCCAUGCCCUCCUGCGAUCUCAAAGGAAAGGAAGUUUGAAGUAUUUUGUGCAUGAACUAGCUGGAAUGGGUGAUGUGCAGGCCUUGGAGGAGCUCAGAGAAAUGAACUUGAGGGUUUUCAACAUGGGCAUGAUUCAUGUUGCCAUUUGUAAAGCUUUUCUUGAAAGUGGCAAACCUGAGAAAAUGCUCGACAAACUACAGAAUGACCCCAAGAAUCUUACCAAAUAUCUUAGCACCGACACCUGUAACACAUUUAGCGAGAAGUACCCAUCUAUGUUCAAACAAUUUGAAGAUUUGAUCCUCGGAGCUGCAGACCAAGGCAACAUGCAAGUUCUUAACUUCCUCUGGCAGCAUUACUGUGUGACAGAACAACUGGAUAAGUGCACCAAACUGCUUCAGAAAUAUCCAGCCCUCUCCAAGGAUCUCAGAAUCGCUGAGCCAUGUGUUUAUGCUAAAAGAAAUAAUAGGGAGGACCUAUUGCAGUACAUUAUCGACAUUAGUAAAGGCAAUGCCUCCAACCACAAGUUUGCAUACAGCUAUUUGUUAGGAUUAAAAUGUGAACAAAAUGACUGGCAAGGUGCUCUCAACAUGCUAGAAAAGGUGAAAGAAGAUGGCUUUAUGACCGACGAUCUUCGACCUUUACCGCUUGCCGUUUUAGAAUCUCUAUUAGUUGCCAAUAACCAGACUGUUCCUUGGCAGAUUGGAAAAUAUGGACAAGUGACACCAAAAGCCGUGUCUAGUGAUUCUUCAUCGGCGUCAGAUUCAGUGAGAGAAACAUCAACCAAAGCGGCAGAAACUGUAGCAUGACGAUAAACGAUUUUAGGAAAAGUGAUAUUUUGAGACUGUAUGCAUGGACGGAUCCACGGAUUAAUUAUUAAUGGUUAGACAGAUAUUCUACCAGCUAUUCUGGAUUGAAUUUGGCUGUGCAGUGUUCUUUCAGAUGUGUUUUGACACAUUUGGACUUUCAGAUUUCAGAAAGAGGAUAGUGACAUGUUAUGGUCUCUUGACCAUUGACUUAAACUUAUAGGUUCUUGUUUGUGUCAUGAAAAUAGUGGCCUUUUUUGUCCCGCUCUCCCCCCCCCCCCACACUCAGCAAAUUUAAUGGGGGGCAGUGCUUGUAUCUGUAUUCCAGAGUGGACUUAAUGCAUUUCAUUGUCAGGUUAAUCAGUGGCGAGUUGUUGAAUUGAAUGUAUCUUGUUCAUCAUGAUAUACGUCUCGGUUAAAUUAAUAUUAUACGGAUGUGAUGCAAUUACAUAUUGUGCAAAAAUGAGUCAAAUAGAAUAAUUGUGAAUGGUUUUGUA